AAACUUUUGGCGCCAAUUUAUGCUGUGACCGUGUUUUUUUCUCAAACAUUCAAUAUAUCUCCUAAGACUCAAGUUAACUGAAGAGAAACUAUUGAUAUGAAGUGUACAAUCCCAGAAAUAUCUUGGCAUAAUAGAGAACCAGUUUUGAGCGUCGAUAUUCAUCCUAUUUCUAAUGUUAUUUACAAAUUAGCCUCAGGUGGUGGAGACAGUCAUAUACUAUUAUGGAAUAUGUGUUUGUGUGAAAAUGGCUCUGUAAAACAAGAAGUUGUGUCUGAUUUGACGAGACAUCAACGAUCAGUUAAUUCGGUUAGAUGGUCACCAUCCGGUAAUUAUUUAGCGUCCGCAGACGACGACGCUAAUAUUAUUGUAUGGCAAUUGAAAACAGACAAUAUUCCUCUUUUAGAAAAUAAUAAUGACGAUAAAGAAACUUGGAUUGUUUAUAAGAUUUUUAGAGGGCACAAAGAAGAUAUUUACGAUUUAUGUUGGUCUGUAGAUAAUUCGAAAUUAUUAUCAGGUUCUAUUGAUAAUACUUCGAUCGUGUGGGAUCUUUCUAAAGGUAAAAUGGAUCAUAUAAUGACGGAUCAUAAAGGUUUCGUACAAGGUGUAGCUUGGGAUCCAAAAAAUCAAAUUUUAGCUACAAUAAGCACCGAUAGGAUGUGUAGGAUAUUUGAUAUAAGUGGAAAGCAAGUAAAAGCGCGUAUAUACAAAGGAAAAUUACCUCUACCAAUAGACCAUUGUUUAUAUGAUAAAGAAAGUAAAUAUUUUCAUGAUGAUACGUUUAAAUCGUUUUUUCGAAGGCUCCAAUUCAGCCCCGAUGGUUCUUUAUUGGUAGUACCUUCUGGUUAUUUCCACGUGGAUGAUUCUAAACGAGCGAUUCAUUGUACUUUAGUUUUCACCAUGGAUAAUUGGACUGAACCGGCUGCAGUUCUACCAUUAGACGGACAAAGUAGCACCGUGGUGAGAUUUUGUCCUCUAUUAUUUCAACAAAGGGAAAACGGUCCGGAGCCUUCUAUAAAACUACCAUAUCGAAUGAUAUUCGCCGUUGGUACCGACCACGACAUCAUCCUCUACGACACUCAACAACCUAAACCGUUCGCACGUUUCCACGAGAUCCACUACACCAGAAUAACCGAUUUAACUUGGUCUUCAGAUGGUUUACUCCUCGUGGCAUCGUCAACCGACGGUUUUUGCACUUUGAUAACUUUCGAAAAAGAAGAAUUAGGAAUAUUGUACGAAAAAGAUGAUAUAGAAGAAGAAGACGAAGAAGAAGAGAUUACUUUGGACGUUGAGGUUACAGAGAAGGACGAAAACAUCGAUAUAACCAAUAAAAAAGAAGAAAUUAAGAAGAGACCUAGUUUCAUCCAACAGUGGGUACAGAAUACGCAAAAAAAAGUUAAAACUGAAAAAUUAGAUAAAGAAAAUGGUGAAAAUAAUAAAAAAUUGAUACCGAGAAGGAUAACUCCGAAAAGAGUGGAAGAUAACAACAAAAUCGACGUUAAAUCGAAAAUAAUCGAUAAAAAAGAAGAAAUAAAUCGAUUGGUACCUAGAAGGAUAGUACCGAUACGAGUAGAAGAUACUAAACCAACCGAAUUGGUCGUACUAUUAGAAAAUAGCAAAGAAAUAAAAACCAGAAUCGAAAAAAUAGAUGAAACCCCAACGGAUGAUAAUAAAAAAAAUACUGAAAGUAAUAAAGAAAAAUUAACGAAGAAACCAAACGUGGUUCCAUCGAAAAAACCGACAAAAUCGAAUCCCUUAUUGGAAUUUUUGAAGAGAUCAGGGGAAAAGAAGAAAACGACUAAGCAAAAUGUGAAGAUCGAUCUGACUUUGGUCGAGGACGAAGCUAGGGACGGUUUCGAUACGAAAGGUGGGAAAGUUUGCGAAGGGGACGUUGUGGUUUUGGAUGAAGAUCGUACCGAAGAUUUUUGUCUACAACUCGAAGAUACUCGAGAAGAUCGAAGGGAAACGGAUAAAGGAAGCGGUGAAAUUGACGGGGUCGGAAGUGUGGAGGAAAAUAAAGAGAUAAAUAGGAUAAUAGAAAUCAAGGACGACAGCUGUUCUCCUCCACAGAAAAAAACAGUGGAUAUUAUAAUUGAGAAGAAGCCUCGUAGGGUUCCUUUGAUAACACUAACUAGUCCGAAGGGGAAGAAAAAACCCCCGACAUCGACUAAUAAAACCGAAUGACAAUUUCUAUUUAAAAAAAAACCUCAGUUAAAUUAAUUUUGAUACAGGUUGUCCUAUCCAAUUGUUUAUCUUGCUAUUUAGUUUGUUGGUUGAAAUAUUCGGAACUAACCUCGUAAAAGUAGAUUUUUUCGCUUCGAGAUUGUUUUACAAAAAAAUUUAACUGACGUUUUCGAAAUUUAUUAAAAAUCUGUACAUUAUUUAUAUUUAUGAUUAAUUCUAAUUGAUUUGUAGGAGAUAUUAUAUUUAUCUUAAUUUUAAAUAUUGGCGCGUCUUAAAAAAAUGUGUAUAGACUGUAAAUAUAUAGAUAACAAUUUUUUUUAUGUAAUUGCAAAUAUAAGAGAUUUUUUAGUAUAA